AAUCAGGAGGGAAGUUUUAAAAUUUGUAAAAUGAACAUGAAGUUGUAUUUUACACAAUUUAUUGCAAAUGAAUGGUGUCUCACAUUUUAAACUUGUACAAAUCGCUUUAUUAUUAACAAUGUGUUACAUUUAAGUGAAAAAAUAAACAGAAAUAGCAUGAAUUGCAAUUUGCCAUUUCUACUUUGCACUCUCUCUCCAUUGCAGAAAAUGCAUUUUAAAUGGAAUUCCAUAUGUUGUUUAGGAUGGUGGCUACAAUAAUGAUUUUGUAGCUAUGUUAUGUACAGUAAUGUAGGUAUUCAUAUAUAUAUUUUCAAUGAAAUACCAAAAUAGGUGAGUUUUUAAAAUUAGGUGUGUGUACGUCGCGCAUGUAAAGUUUUUUUUGACACGAAUAGUGGGGGGGAGGGCAUGUUGUGUGUGGCAGAAGGUGGGAAAAAGUUUAAUGGUGGCUACAGAGUAGUAAUUUUACUUGUUGCUGCAUCUAUUGCAUACUGAAUGGAUAAAGAGUUGAAAAAGACAAUUUGAGUUUGCAACAUUUGCAGCAUUUGUAUGCAAUUCUAUUGCAAUGUUCUGUGUGGAAUAAGUAUGCUUUCUGUGUGUCCCAGAAGAAUGUGUAAUUAAAAGUUUGUGUGGACACACAAUUUUUUUUAUUUUUCUUUAGUUAGUAACACGAAUACAGCAUUUUUGCAAGAAUGCAAAUAUUGAUGGAUUUUGGACAUUUUCAGCAAAUUCUAUUUGAGUUGUUUUAGUGGUUCUUAAUGUUUGUUUAUGUAAAAUUUCUCUUUGCUGAGAGCAAAUAUUUUUUUAGGUCGUAAAGUAAAGUGCAAUAAAUUAGCAAUUUUAGUUUUUUUCCAUCAGGAUCUUGAAAAAACUUAUAAAAUUAUUUUUUUUUGCAAAUUGAGAUGAAAAUCUAGAGAACUUUCUGCCUAUAGUUUCAAUGAAAACUUAAAUGAACUCAUGGACAUAAAUUAAAUUUCUUUACUCCCGCACCUUACAAAACUAUGCAUGAAUAUUAACUAAAAUUCCACGAAGAAUCCUAUGACGUUCGGUAGCCAAGGACGUCAGACUAAUUUUCAUUGAUAGUUGAUACUUAAAGGCGCCUCUAUCCACGAUGCAAUUCUCCAAUUAAUAUUCUCAUUGAAGCCGCUAGAGAUUUAGGAAAGCAUUUAGGUGGGAAUUGAAAGAGCAACAUAUUUUGCUGAUGAAAUGAAUUAUUAGAAAAUGGAACAUUAUUAUUGUGAGAGAGCAUUUGCAAUAUGGGAAUUAUGAGCAAUAGUUUCGCGUUAUUUUCAAUCAAACACAAUUUAUUAAUAGAUUCAAUCAAUGGAAGAUGAUGCAAUAGGUUGAAAAAGGAAAGCCAAUUUGAAUGUUUUUUUUCCCUUUCGAUACACCAAGAUAAAUUUUUGAUGAUAAAAAGAGAUUAGACACGGAGUGUGAUUGGUAAUAAGAGUUAAUGAACUUUUUCACAUUACAUUUGUUUGUAUAACGAAGCACAUCCAUAUUUUUUUCUGCAUGGAGAUUUCUCUGUUUUUUUUGCUACCCUUUUAUCCCUUGAAAAGUCUAUUAAAGUUUUUCUCUUAAAUUUAAUUUUUCCACAAACAUUGAGAAACAAAGACGUUUUUUUUGCAAUAUAAAACAUCAUCAAAGGCUAGUUUUUUUUUGUUAAGCUGACUAACCUCUUCUAAGAAGGUUUAAAAGGGUUCUUUUUGUUUUAACCAAAUGUCGUUAUUUUUUUUUUCAAAGAAAAUGUGUCCUUUUCGCUACUAAGCAGGAAGUAUAUAGGUAAAUAUCUAUAAUAUUUUGUUUGACAGCAACGCAGAGAGAAAGAGAUCUCACUUCACAAAUAAAUUGCGCCAAUCUGGUAAAAUAAUAUGGUAUGAAAUUUCAAGUAUUUUACUUGGAGACUUGCAUACUUUGAGUGCGUGGUCAAAUUACGCAAUUCUGACAUAUAAUUCAUAUUAUUACAUUUUUUUUCUCUCGUCAACAUUCACCACUAUCGUGACUUAUUCGACAAAAUCAUACCUCCACAAGAGAGUGAUGGGGGGGGGGGAGGCGAAGAGAAUGUCGAAGCGGUUCUGUGAGAAAUAUCCCAAAGCUGUUGAGAAAAUUUUUAUUUUGGAUUUUUAAUUUUAAUUAAUAUUUGUUUUGGUUUUUAAACACUUUCAAAUUUUUAUUAAUUUUUUUCUUGAAAAAAUCUUUGUAAGGAUCUGGAGGAAAUGGAACCCUUUGGAGAAAAUUUGCUUUAAAAAAUUGCAUUUUGUACAUAAGAUUGAUGCACAUACUUUACAUUAUACUUACUGGAAGAGAGAUUUAAUAAACACUGCUUGAAUGAAUGGAGGCAUAUAUAACGAAAGAGGUGAGUGCAAAAACAAUGGAAAAUUGCUGACUUUCAUGUAAGAAAUUGAUCUGUGAGAAAAAUCCAAAACUGCAAUCCUUCUCACACAAUUUGAUGAUUUCCUCACAUCUCUGGUUGGUAAAAUCCAUAUAUCGUGUGGCUCACAUACCGAGAGUUUUGCUGCCAUGUAGCCUGUGAGAUUUCGUGUGGUGGUGGCUUAAAAUCACUUCUUUGGGUUGCUUUUUGCAAAAAUAUAAAAUGCUCUCUUGCAAUGUAUAAAAUGUAUGUAAUGGUUCAAGAUGGAGAGUGAGAGAGAAAUACAAUCCAAAGACAUACAGCUCGCGAAGUAAAUGUAUGUACAAAGCAAAAAAAAAAUAACUGUGAGCCAGCAAUUCGAAGAAAAUUGUUGUGUUGCUGCUGCCUCGUUGGUUUGUGGAUUGCCUGUCGAAUUGGUGAACCGUGAUCGCGAGUUUUUCUUCUUUUUUCCUCUUUUUUUUUUGUUUUGCACCAAGAUGAAGAGGGCAAAAGCUGCGGAGGAAUGGGUAAAAAAAGAAACUAAAUAUGAGAGAGAAACUCCGCAUCGAUGAGAAGUUGGAAAUAAAACACAAAACCGGAGGUGAACGACUAGCGAUGACAAUCACCAAAGCACGACAAGAAAUUUGCAAUCACUUUUAUAAUUAUUACUAUUUCAUUUCAUAUCUCACCGCAAUAUACCAUUUGUCAACCAUGUCACAGAGAUAAUUUCAAUAUACUCCAUAGAAUGCUAACCAAUGAUCCCCGCAGUAGGUUGCAAGUGCUUUUUGUGACCUUCUAUAGAUAAAAAAAAACACAACUGAGGUGUAUAUUACUGAUUUGUCCGUUCUGCUGGUAUGUUGGCAUGGUUAUGUACAAAUUAGGCUUUUGCACCGUAUAUACAUACAUAUAUUGUAAAAGAAUGCUGAAACUCUUCAUUAGCUAGUCACGAGAGGUUUUGUGCAUGAUGAACUAUCCACUUGAUGGUAAUUCUCUCAUAGUUUCUAAUUUGAACAUUCAAACAAAGAAGUCACCAAAAAAAUGUAUCCAAACCACAUAACAAUGCGCAAGAAUAGUGCAUAUUUUAACAUAAAUUCCUUUUUUUAUAUAGCAAAAAUUAAAUGUAAAUGAGAACCAUAUUACACCGAAAAAUCAGGUCCAGCGACGUCUCGAUUUUUUUUUCAUUUGAUACAGGAUCUCUAUGACAAACAAGAUAUAAAUUUAAGAGAACUUCAUUUAUGCUAAAGCUUUUGUUGAGAAAAAAAUCAAGACUUGUCUUAUAAAAUUAUUACCUAUCAUAUAUUUUUUAAUUCUAAGAAUAAAUGACAAGAAGAUUUCAAGAUAAAUUAAAUAAAAUCCUGGAAGAUUCAACCAUAGCCGGUAUUAAGUUAUCUCUUUAAUUGAAUACUUUUUUAUCGUUUACAUUAUUUCAAACUCAGUCAGCAAUUAUUGUGUGGUGUUAAUCCACAUUAUGAUAUGUAUGUUACAUACAUACAUAUUCAUAAAAAUUCAGAUGAGUCAAUAACAAUGAAUGACAUCCAAAGUUCAUAAAUAUGUCUAAAGACAUUAUAUUAUGCACUCAAUCGACAAAAGAUUCAUGGUAUUAAUCAAUUUUCUCGGAUUUCUCUCCCAUUUUAUUGUUUAUUGUGAACUCUUGAGAUUUUUUUUUGGCAUCAUUAUAAGUUUAUCAUUAUUACGAUGUUAUUAAAAGUCCAGUGUGUUGUAUGAUAAGAAAUUUCUGGGUAAUUUCGGUGCGAGUGAUCUGUUUUUGUGUACACAAAGAGCGAUAGUUGGACAUUUGCAAUGAGACCGGGGAGAGAAAAAUAUGUGAGAAAUUGCCACAUCAAUCUGUGUGUGGUUUUCCCCACCAAAGCUAUAAACAAUAACGAUCACGUUGUGAUAGAAUAUUAUGAAAAUUUUAUUUUUUUCUUUUACCAUUUUUUUUUCGUUAUGCUAAGAAUUUGUAGUGAGGUCGCAGAAGUAGAACAAAAAGUGCUGCGUGUGUCUCUUGACUAUAUGUAUGUACAAUAUAAAAUAUAUAUUCCUUCCAUCUCUGUCACUCCUCGACUCUAUGAUUAUCAUGUUGAAAGCCAAACUAAAUGGGAAAUGACGUGCUGUAUUUAAAGGCAGUGCCUCUGACAUAAUGCUGUUGAAUUGACAUUUUCAAGUUGAUCAUGUUUCGUGAAUUUUUAUUUUCUUCAUAAGUCUGGUGUGAGUCACAUUUUUUUGUUGUUAACUGGGUAGAUUCUUUUUAAUCAAUUGGUGAAAGAAUGCCAAAAGAACCAUGACAGAGUGGCUUAUUUUGCUGAGGAAUUUGAGAGUUUUCAAUCAAUUUUAAGUGCAAUAAAAUCGUUUUUUUUUAAAUAGGCAUUUGAAUAGAUUCAAAGCGUUUAAAGGGGGUGAAAAUUAAAGAAUUAAUUUAAUUUAUUAUUCAAUUUUCCAGUUGUUGAGCAUUUUUUAGUCGGUUAAAGCAUAUAACUCGAUACAAUGUAAUUUUAAGAAGUAAUAUUCUGUAAAAUCGGUCGGGCAUGGUAUCUAUACCAUUGAUUGAAACGAUUGAGAAGGAAGAACGGAAGGAGGUAAAAGUUUUAAAAAAUGAUAAUAAAAGGUUAUGUAUCCAUGGGAUUCGAACUCAAGUGAUAUGCAUCAGUAGACUAGCUUCUAGCGACUACACUAUCGCAGUAGAAUAAUAAAAAAGAUAGUUCUUAUAAUUUUAGUAAUAAAAAUUAAUUUUUAAUUUAUAAAUUUAUUGGUUUUUAAUCAAUUUUUAUUUGAGAGACUCAUUAUUCAAACUCAUUACUAUAUGUAUGUAUAUAUAUAGGUAAUGCACAAACGGUGAAGCGGCCGUAGGGUCCUAAUGUGAAUGGUAAAAGACAAUAUUUUACUUUCUGAUACAUGAAAAGAGAUUAAACUUUUAUAGAGGCUAUAAUGAGAAAAAAUCACUAAAUUUCUUGUAAAUGUUUGCUGAAGCAAUUAAUGUUUUUUUUUGCCUUCUUCUUUCUUUGUCUUGAAUCUUACUAUGUGGCACCAAAGAUCAUCCGAAGAUGCUCUUUUGGAAGAAGAUGUGCUAAUGGUGAAAAGUGAUUGAAUAUUCCAGGUUGAAGAAGGAGGAGAAAAAAAAGAGAGAGAUGAUGUUGUAUGAGAAGCUGUGCAUGCAUUCACGUUUGAUCCCUUUAAAUGCUACACGAGGCCCUUUAAAGGUGAAUUUAAAGGGCACAACCAUCUAAUACAGAUGAUCAAUGACUCCACUUGUUUCUCCUCUUGCAACUUCUUUUCAAUUCACUUUAUGUGCAUAUUUCAUGGUAGUAGUUUAGUUUGUUGUAAACUGAAAUGAUUUCUCUUUUCUACUUCCCUUUUUUUCUCCCCUCUCGAAGGGCAUAAGAAUAAAAAAAAAGUCUAAAUGUACAUUGUUCAUCGAAGAAGGAAUUUGAAAAAAAAAUAAAGAAAAUAAAAGAUGAAAAAAAGACAUGAGAGAAAUAAUAUAUGUCCAAGAAUGGGAAAUAACUCCGAAAUGCAUGCGUGGCUUUUUCUUGUUCUUCAACAUGGAGAGAAUGAAAUGGAAUGGAACUCACAAAUACAUUUUUACCGCAGUGUUGAGACAAACAUUUUUAUUUUAAUAAUAUAUGUAGGUAUAUAGCUACAUAUAUAUGGUAUAAAAUACAUCCACAUAUAUAGUGCGCGCCUGGUUGUGAUUUGUGUGAGAUUUUCCAUUCGCGAGAUUUCACAUACAGCAUAGGGCAAACAGCAAAAAUGCUAUAUGCGGAGAGGAUGGUGAAAAAGAAGUGUAAUUAUAAUAUAUCGAGGACGUUGGCAAGAGAUUUCUCUCUCUGUGUCGUGCCUUGUUGCCAAUCAACAUUUUUGCAUUGUUGGCUGAAUUGGCGAUCGUCGCGAUCACUCCCUCCCGCGGGUUUGCUGUUUUUGGAAUGAGGCGAGAGAGAAAUCUCCUCCAUCACUGUAAAGAAUAUAAUGAGGCUCAAUGGGAAGAAGAGUCUGCAUGAUAUAAGAGCUCACAGUAUAUAUGAGAUUCAAUUGAAACAAUUUUCUAUGAUGCGCGAUGCCUUAAGGAGAUGCUUAGGCAGUGUGUGGAGAAGAUUUGGAGUGAUCUUUUCCUCCCUGUGAUCACACAACUCUUCACACCCACCCAACCCCCUUUCAUCCACGUCAAUGUGGGUGAUCGCGCACGGUAUUUGAUGGUGUGUACAUGAUGAUGUCUUACAAUUUUCAAACAACUACUGCUGAAUGGUUUUUGAUGAAGAAAAAGAAGAAAAAAAUCCACUAAAAAACGGUAUUUAAAGCUUCUUCGAGUUCUCGUAUGAGAGCUUUGUGCUCUGUGUGGAAAUGUCGAUUGGUAAUGGAUUGUCGGUGUGUGUGCGCGCGCGCGAGAAACGCGAUCGACGAUCGUGCCGAUCAUUCACCACGCAAACCAUUGAAAAAGAAAAAUAUGUGUAUAUAACCAUCUCUUUGGGCUUCUCUCAUAAAGGAUUUCAUUCGAUGGAAUGUGAUGCUGUGAGCUAAGAUGUUGGGCAAUAUAGGAAUCUGGUGAAGCCAGAGUGGAGAUCAUGUUGAGAAAAUAUCCAAUGAUCGGGGUGAUCGUGAGUGUAUUUGACAUGCGAGAGAGCAUUGGGGGGUAGGGGCAAAGAGCUUCGUGUGGUGUGUGAUUAUGAAGAAAGGAAAGCCUCAAUUGUGGCUCUCGUUGAUUUGUGUAUGGUGUACUUCUCAUCUCGUUGAUCAUGGGGAUUGGCGGAGUGAGAAGUGAUCGUACAGAAAGAUCGCUGCUAUAUAUAUGUACAAAUAUAUGUAGUAGAUAUGUAUACAUAUUGGUUUUCUGGAGGCAAUGUGAAGUUGGCAACAUUUAGAGAUGAAAACUCUUGAGAAUCCCACUAAAGUGGCCAAUAGAAUGGAAUGUUGAACUGUUUGAGGCAAAUAAUUAAGAAAAGUUCUUUUUUUUUUUAAUUUAAAAAGAACAACGAUCAUUGAAUCAAAUUUUGCUCGCGUCAACAAUUGGAUACCUAUACAACAUAACUACAUAUGUGUAGUAUUGGUGGAAGCACAGAGUGUGAGCUUUUUUUUCUCAGAGUAUUUGAUGGCAUCAAAGAGAGAGUGUACGGGUAAAAUGUUGAAUGAGAAAGAUGGCAUGAAAUUUCAGAUGGAAUUUCUGGAAAAAAAAGUGCCAAAGAGAGAGACCAAAAUGUGUUGUAAAAGACACGAAGAAGUGAGGGAAUUGUAAAGGGGGGUACACCUUGUUUGUGUGAUGUUUUGGCGAGGGGGAACCUCUCGCGGCUUCCACUCACCCAACAACCACAUAUGUAUGCUAUCGCGCGGUGCUACAUAUGAGGAGAGCGUUGAAUGUAUGGCAAAUGGGAACUUAUAAAAAGCCAGAAUUAAUACUAAAAGUUUGAAAUAAAAUGCUAUGAGAUACAUGCAACAUUUUAACACACAACAUUACUAUACACACAUUGACUGGAAAGGCGCGGGAUGGUGCGUUGUAUUUGUGAACAACAUUCCAAUGUUUCUUCAUCACCAGCCAAGUGAGGCCAGCCAGCACAAGAGGCAGUAGUGCGAUUUUAACUUUCCUCCUAGAUGGUUAUUUGUGUUUUUGAAUAACUUUAUUUUGCUGUAUUGAGAAGAGUAUAGUUGAAUUUUUCUUUUAAAAAUAUCUUUUUUUUUGUACAUUUUGUCUCUCUAAUAAACACCCCCUAAAUCCUAAAAAAAAAGGAACAGUACUCCAUCAAGUGGUGCGCAUAAAUUGUGCUUGUAAAGAAAGAAGAAGAAAAAAGUGCGGAGAAAUUUCUCUCUAAAUGCCGCGAUUUUUUAUACCUUUCUAGUUAAUACGUCUUGUGGUUAAUUACAUGUAAAUUACCUUCUAUAUUUUUUAUUUUAGUUAAUUUUGUUUUCAAAAGAAAAACAAAGUUACCAACUCUUAAAAGGAUAUUCUGACUUCAUAAGUAUCGUGCUUAUAUUUUUAAAAGAAUUUUAUGAAAAUUUUCAAAGGGAACUCUUAAAGCAAGGGGUUUCUAAGCUACAUAGGAUUAUAAAGCAGAACUUUACUUGGAGUAUAAUUUUAUUUCCCCGAGUGUUUUUUUUUUUGGAGUGAGAAUUAGAGGGAUAGAAGGUUUGGAAUUGAGAAUUACCACACGAAAAGGAAAGGGAAGUAAAUAGUUAGGAAAUUCUCAGUUUAAACUUUCAUCUUUUGGAGUAAAAGGAAGAAGAAAAAAAGUGAUUAUUUUGUGAUGUUUUGUGCAUAAAUGUGGACUUUGGAUAGUGAAGAAAUCAAGAAACUUUGGAUGAAACUGGCAGGGGCUACUCAGCGUGAAAAUCGGAUGCACUAACAGCAGAGAACGGUAGCCUCACAAUUUCAACAAUUGAGUCCACUUGAGAAGUGCCGUGAAGUGAGAGAUACAGAGAGAAGUAAAAAGAGAAAAAAAAGAAGAAUUGAAAGAAAUUAAUUGGUGAAGAUAUUGAAAAGGUCGUGUGAGUGCAUUUGUGUGUCAUUGAGUUGAGUCUGGGGGAUUGGGAGAUCAACUUUAGAUGACCACAAAAAUGGUACGAUUGGCAAUGACGUCACCAGAGUCUUCACAUCAACAAAAUAGUAGUGGAAGUAGUGGCAAUAGUACGAGCAAUAGUAACCAUCAGAGUGGUGAAAUAAUACAGCAACAGCAAUCUGUUGCAAUACACCAGAAUCCGCAGCAGCAGCCACCCCAGCAAGGGACAAUCGCACACGCUUCACACCACAUGCACCAUGCUGGGGCAACAAUGCCACAACAGCAACCACCGCCACCGGUGGAGGGCAAUGGUCAUGGGCUCUUCAUUGGACAAUAUACAGCCGCGGGGGAUUUCUACCCCGAACACGGCUACUUCAUUCCUCACCAUCAUCACCACCAUGAGAUGUGUCCCGCGGCUCAUGCACCCCUUUGCACGCUCCAUGAUUUCGGUCCUGUGACAGUGCCAAUGGUGUCCCAAAGUGGCUCACCACCGAUUCCAAUGCCCGUCCAAGUGCCGCCCGGCCACCUAAUGCAACAGAUCGUCGAUGAGAAUGGCACUCUUCGUCAUGUGAUAUUGUCCACGGCUCACAAUCAACAAAUCCAUGGACAGGGAGGUGUGCAAGGUGUCCAGCACCACAUUCAUGGCCAUUAUAUUGCUGCCAAUGGGACAACACCAUCAUUUUAUGGCCCCCUGGCGGCGGGAUAUCCUGGUCCGGGACCAGGUCCACACUUUCAUCCCAUCCCAGGGGGUCAUCUGCAGCCACAGCAGCUAUCGCACUCGCCACAUUCACCGUCGCCGCCAAACAACAAUUACCACAAGGAUGAGCGCACGCAGAGGCAGCACACAAAGUUACUCCGGAAGUUGGAUCAGCAACAACAGAAGCAGCGUGAAAUGAAUUCGGCACUCUCGACACCAGCACAUUCACCAUCGCCGCGUAAGAGUGAACUCAAUGGUUUGCGACGAACGGCACCGGCGUCACGCAAUGGUGCCUCAUCCGUGGGUACAUCGGAGGAUGGUGAGGAGUCAUCGAGUGUGCCCGAUGAGGAGGAUGACUAUCAGCCGCUCAUUGAUCAGCUGUCGGCCGUACAGUCGCCCCAAGUGUCGGAAGUAAUGUCCAAGUCGGCCCUCCUUCAGUGGGCGGCACCACCAAAUUCCGAGCAAGUCACCCUCAAUCCUCGGGAUCUGCAGUAUGAGGUGUUGCUCAGUGAUCGCGGCAAGGAUGGCAAGUACAAGAGUAUCUUCAAAGGAUCAUCACUGUCGUGUCGCAUUCAGGAUCUCAGGCCGGGGCAGGAGUACUCAGUGUGCCUCCAGGUGCACUACCAGGAACUCCAGGGAUCCGCAUCGGAACCAACAGUCUUCACAACACCACCCUGCCCGCCGGAUACACCUUUUGCCCCCAAGCUCAUUACACGCACGAAAAAUAGCCUCCAGGUGAGGUGGAAUGCCACAGCGGACAAUGGUUCGCACAUUCUCCACUAUAUCCUUGAGUAUGAUGAGGGGAAGGGCAAGGAAUUUGUGGAGGUGUGCAAAACAAAGGGGCGACAGUACUCCCUGACGAAACUUCAACCAUCAACAUGGUAUAGCUUCCGUCUGGCAGCUGUGAAUGAUUGCGGAAAGUCUCCAUAUUCGGACAUUAUCACCUUCUGUACGGCCGCCAAUCCACCACCACAGCCGGCGGCACCAACAUUGGCGUCUGCCACGUCGUCGUCAUUGCGUCUAGAGUGGAUUAGGAGGUCGCAAGAAGAGGAGUAUGUACUGCAGAUGGCGGAUAAGGAGUCAGGACAUGGGUAUUUGCCAAUGUACACCGGCAGGGAUACCACGUACGAAUGUAUUAAUCUACGGCGUGCCACGGUAUUUCACUUUCGGCUAAAAGCUGAGAAUGAGGUGGGAUCAUCAGCGUGGAGUGAUGAAGUGAUCUAUAGGACCCUUCCGGAACGCCCAGGGCGUCCGGGGAAGCCACAAGUGAAGGGUAAAAUUCACGCGACGAAUUUUAAAGCGAAAUGGGAUCCACCUGCGGAUCGUGGUGGUGCUGAAAUUAAGACCUAUUACCUGGAAAUUAAUGCUGGAGCUGGAUUUGAGCGUGUGUACGUUGGUAGUGAAUUGGAGGCCAUUUGCGAUCGCCUGAGUCCGGGUACGACGUAUCAAAUAAGGGUUUGGUGCGAAGGGGUGGCUGGACCAAGUGCACCGUCGGAGCCGUGCACGGUGACGACGGAAGCUGUGGCACCUGUGGCACCACCAGCGCCAUUUUGCACAACCCCACCCGGGCCGUAUGCCACAGUGUUGCGCUGGGAACGUCCGGACUACAAUGGUGGGGCACCAGUGACGGAGUAUGAGGUGGAGAUGGAGGGUGGAGUGCCCAGGCAGAGGGUGGCUGUGUACCGAGGCAAAGACACACAGUGUGUGGCCAAGGAUUUGUCACCGGGAGAGGUGUACGUGGCACAGGUGCGUGCCAUAAAUCGUAUAGGAGCCGGCCCAUGGUCGGAGGAGGGUACCUUUGUGGCGGGAGCUGCACCACCAGGUACACCCGGACGACCAGAUGUGUCUGUACGGUCAGCAACACAUUUAACGGUAUCGUGGGAGGAGCCGGCCACAAAUGGUGCUUUCAUCUCUGAGUAUCGGCUCGAGAGUGCCGUGAACAAUCAGGAGGAUUGCUUCAAUAUCGCAUACCAGGGUGUACAGACAAUGGCGGAGGUGCGGAAUCUCAUGCCAUUCACAACAUACUUCUUCCGGGUGUGUGCAACUAAUGCAGCCGGAACGAGUGGAUUUUCGGCACCAGUUAGCGCCAGGACACCAGCUGCUGCCCCCAAUGCCCCAAUCAUUGAAUCGUACGACAUCACGUCCACCGAGGUGACGGUGUACUGGCGUGCUCCCGACUGCCACGGCAGCCCCAUACGGCACUAUAGCAUUGAAUGCGCCGACAGGACUGUAACGACGGAGGAUGCAGUGACGGAGUAUUGCAUUGGUGACCUACAACCGGAGACACUGUACAAAAUCAAAAUUCAGGCUGUGAAUGAAAUUGGCGCGGGACCCUUCUCGAGUGCACUGCGUGUCACAACACUGCCCCUACCGCCUAAGCCGCCGCGUCUCGAAUGCCCGGCGGCGGGGCAUAAUUUUGUCAAGCUCAAAUGGGGCGAUGGCCGGAAUGUUGACUUCACGCGCUUCCACGUGGAGAUGAUGAACAAUCGCAGCAGGGAAUUUGUGACUGUCUACACGGGCACCAACUACUCGUGUCGCGUGCCAAAGCUCCAGGAGCAGUCGACGUAUGUUUUCCGGAUAUGCGCUGAGACGGAUCACGCGGGGAUUGGUGACUAUUCCGAUGAGGUGGCAUUUGAGACAACUGCCGCAGUGCCGAGCAGUAUAAAAUCACCGAGAAUCUAUGAGCCAGCACCGGGAACAGUUGCAGCCACGCACAAUCAUGACAACACCAAUUGUGAUCACAUCCACGUGGAGUGGCAGCACAGCAAAAAUACAUUUUCCGAUCCAGUUGAGUACAUUCUCCAGUGCACACGGAGCAGAGAACAAGACUACAAACAGAUCUACCGUGGUCCAGAUACACGAUUUACAGUGGAGAAUCUGGAGUGUGGUGUUGAGUAUUGCCUUCGGGUGUGCCCUGUACGCCUAAUGGCAACAGGUGAAUGUCUCCCGGGGAGUUUUUCACCUGUACUACGUCACUCUGUGCCACUAAAGUCAAAAAGUGUGAUGGAUUCAAAUGCAAUUGCCGGUGGGCAUGGUUUAGCCGCUGGCCAGGGAGCCAGUGGUGGUGGUACGAGUCAGGCAUUUGAUGACAAUCUCUCCAAUGUUGGUGCUGUUCAACGGAUUCUCGGCCGAGUCACGACAAUCUAUUCAUCCCGGAGGAAUUUUACGGAUCAACAGAAGGCCAUCAUUAUAGCAAUUUUUCUCAUGAUUGGAAGUGUUGUUUUAGCCUAUGUUGUUAAACUCUUCAAUUUCAGCUAAGAGAACUAUUUUUUUCUCCAACAACACACGCAAAAGAGAAAGAAGAUUUAACAAAAAAAAAGGUAGGUGACACAGAAGAGAUUUUUUUCUCAUUUGUUUUUACAAAAAUUCUAUUGCAGCAAAAAGAAGAGAAAAAUUUCCAAUAUUUUUUUUGAUUCUUUGUGAUUGCCUUUCUGUUCUUGAAAAAAAAACUCUUAAGUGAUCUUCACUCUAUGUUAUUAUGCUCUUCCACCAUUCUAAAUUAUUGUAUAAAAAAAUCUAUGUUUUCUCUCUAUCUCCUGUUGAUAGCAUGAAAAAAAAAGUUCUUUCUGUUAAGCAAUUUUAAAAAUUGCUCAUUAAGUUCAAAAAUAAAAUUCUCUCUAUUUUUUCUUGUUCAAAAAAUCCUUUUUGUAAAUGAAAACGUCCUUCAAUUGCAAAGAAACUACGAAGAAAAAACAAACAUUAUACAUUACUUAUGAGAAAAUUCAUGCCAAUUCUUGUUGCAAUUUCUGUGGGCUUUAAUGUAAUAAAAUUAAUGAAAAAAUUAAAACAUAAUUGAAAAUCAUUUCUUAAGGAAGAUUUUCAUUAAUGAAUGUUUUUCAGUAACAUUUUCUCUCUCUAAAUGAUAGAAAAAACAAACAAGAGACUUGUAUGAAAAAAAAUUUAGGUAAAAAAAACGAGGAAGUUAAACGCAUUAAAUUAAAACACUAAAACAACAUUUAAUAAGAAAAAAAAUGAUAGUUAAUGUAGCAAAAUGAUGAGAAAAAGAAAGGUUAAGUUUCAUUUUUUAGUGCAAGAAAAAAAAUGCAAUUUGGGAAAAAUUCUGGUCUACACACUGUUCUUAUUUAAAACAAAAACAAAAAAGAAUGAAUAAGAUUUAUUAUUAAAAAAAAAAAGAAGGGAAAAAAGAGAGAGGGAGAAACAAGAACAUGUUAGUUAGUAAGGGAAUUUUGAUGAAUAAGUUAGAUUGCAAAGUAAAUUGAAUCUCUCUUAUUCGAGUUAAGAGAAAAAAAAUAAUUAAAAAAAAACUAUGAUCAAAAUGGUAUAAAAAGUAAUUAUUGAUAGUAAAAAGAAAUAAAACAAACAGAAAAUGUUUUAGGGGUUUUGGAGGAGGUUUAUAAUAUUAAAUGAAAAAAAAAUUAUUAUAGUAUGGUUGCGAUUUGUUUGUUUAUUAUUUUUUUUAUUUUUAAGAAGGUGCUAUUAACUAAAGUCUAGUUCCAUUCAAUCUUAUUGAAAGAUAAAAGAAUAUGAUGAAAAGAGAUAAAAGCGAGGAAGAACACAAAAUAAAUAUUAGUGAGAAAGAUAAAAAAAAAUAAUAUUAAAAAAAAAACAAAAAAAGAAUGAAGAAUUAUCUAGUUUUGGAAAAGAAAUGGAUGAUUGUGAGGUCAGAUGAUUAUUUUCCAAUUUUCUACAUGAAAAAUAACACACUGAUGGAAGUUUUUCUUACCAAAAUGAGAAAAAAAACAUUGCACUAGAUAAAUUUUUUGUUGUUGGGCUUAUGUUUAACAAUUUUUUUUUAUAUUAAUAUGUAUAAAUUAUAUACAGGUGUAGUCUUUUUUUAUUGGAUGAAAAACAAAGAAUAGAGGCCCAUUUAAAGGGGGGGAGUAUAGCAACAAAGAUAAAGAAGAAAGUUUUUAUACGAAUGAUGCAACAAAAAAAAACCUAUUAUACAUAGAAAAAAAAUGAAAAUUAUUGUACCUAAAAGAAAACAAACUUAGAAAUGAAAAUUAAUUGUAAAAUCUAAUUUCUAUGGUGGAUCCGUUGUCUCAAAACAAAAAUUAUUGCAACUUAGCAUAGGAUUUUUAUUUGCUUUUUAUUUUUAUUUUUUUUUUGUUACAAACUUCUCUCAUUAUUUAUUCACACCCACACACACGAUGUGCAGUGUAGAAGAUAAAAAUCGCUGAGCGUAAAUUCUGUGCAAAAUAAUAUAACAAUAAUAUUGCAAAAAUUUGCAAAUGACUUGAUUACUAUCUUAAUGGAUUACUUAAAAGAAGAAGAAGAAAACAAAACAUCGCAUAGCAUUUUAUGUUACAAUGUGUUGUACAUUUUUUUUUAUUUUGGAAAGACAGUCCAACAGAAAACGGAAGAGAACGGAAAUAUUUAUCAUUAUUUUUUCUCACUUGAUUAUUUAAUUUUUUUCCCACAAAGAGCAAAGUAUUUAAAUGGACACGCUUUGAGAGAUUUCCUUUAUCCCAAAAAUAGCAUUUAACUUGGUUAAUUGAGCAUAAAAAUGAUUUAUUGAGUGUUGGUGUUUUCUGCAAUAUUUACUUUUGAUUUAUGCGAUUUAUACUCAAUUUAAUUCGUUUGUUUGAAAAGUAAUUUGAAAUUUUUGAGUAAAUAAAUUAUUAAAGGAAUUCACUGUAAAAGCGUAAAGUGUGUAUGAUGGUUUGAUUUUAAUUUAUACUCAAUUACAAAGUCAAGGAAAAUUUUACGUUACCGUGUUUUACUCAAUAGAAACAAAUACGUACAGAAUUCAUAACGAAAAAGGUUAACAAAUACGUAAGCAUUACGUAAAACGACGUAAGGAAAGAAACUUUACAAAUGUUUUUUUUUGGUACUUUAAGAAGAAGAAGAAAAUCGUACACACUUUACAGAGAAUUUCUGAACGGUUAAGUGAAAGACUUAACGUUAUAUGUAGCUUAAGAAAUUGAAGAAGACGGGUUUUCGGUCGUUUCUAGGUCAAUUAAUUUUUAUUAAGAGCCGACGUUUCGGAGAUUAUAAGUCCUUCAUCAGGGCCUAUAAGAUUUGAAAAGGAUCCAUAAGAUUCAUUGAAAAAGCAUUAAAUGAGAUUAAAUUCAAUAAAUAAAUCGUUUUAUUUUUAAUCUUAUGUAUUCUUUUAAAAUGUGUAGGUCCUGAACAAGGAUUUAUAUAGUCCAAAGUAACCGAAAAUACGUUUGUUUUCUUUAAUUUAUUAACUAUUUCACGGCUGCUUGCUUCGUUGUUGUUAUAGCUUCAAUUCUAACACAAACUUAUUGAUUAAGGGGUCGAUUCUGUUAAAAAUCUUUUGUUUUCUUACAAUCAUAGAGUUGUAAGAUUUUUGAUAUUUUGUGAAAAAUAUUGCGAAGAUUUAACACUUUGUUUCUUUCUUUAAAAAAAAUUUCUAAACGAAUUUUAAAGCAGAAAAUCGUUUGUAAAGGCAGGAACGUUUAAAAAAUACGAAUUAUCAUAAUUUUACAAAUUUCUAAAUGUAAGAAAAGUAAUAUUUUUCUUUACAGAAUCGGUCCUUAAUACGAAAACUUUUAAUCGAUAUAAUUAUUUGUUUUGAUCAAGCAAAAAUUAUUUCUCCAUUUAAACUUUGCUAAAUUACUUCAGAACUAUCACAAUAUUACGCUGUUACUUUGCAAUAAUUUGAUAGUGAAUCACCCUAAUGAUUUCAAAACGUUGUCCAAUACUUUAGCUCAAUAUAAACUAAUUUUUACAAAAAAUCAAACUUUUAACAAAAAUUAAACGAAAUAAACUUAUUAGUUAUUCAUUGAGAAUGAAAGAUGCCUUUCUGUAUUUCAUUUUUCACACCUAAAUUCCAUCCGUACUAUGGCCUAUAGAAUACAAAGAAGAAAUUAUUUAAAUUAAAACGGAGAAACGAGGCAAGAAAAAUAAACAAUGAACGCAAUUAAUGUAAAAAAAAGAACGAAAAGAAUGUAUAAAGACGAGAAAGAAAAUGUUAAAUAUUUUUUUGAGAUUAAUUAUUAACAUGAAAAAAAAAAGAUUUUAUUUCUACAUUAUCUCUUGUGCAAUAUAUAAAAUAAUUCUUAUACGCAUUUUUUUUUCAUUUAGGCGAGGACAGUGUAAUUUAUAUAGUAGCGUGUGGAUGGAUGGGAGAGGAGUUGAUGAUGGGAUUUUUUUUUAUUUGAAAUAAUUUUUAUUUUUAUAAAACUCUAUGAAGCGUCCUAAAGGGGUGUAGAACCGAAUAUUCAGUAUUUUUUUUAAACAUUUUUUUCACGCAUAAUUCUUUUAAUUGGGUUAUUCCAAAAGAGUUUGCGUGAAAAAUGUUUAAUAAUUUAAACAAAAAAAAUGAAGAAAUAAAAAUUCUUUACAACAGCUACAAAAAAAAA